AGCUGCUAAUGUGUAUCGGGCCCUACUGCUUCGUUUAGAGCAGCAACUGGGAUCCCAGCACCCUGCUCAUCAAACCUAAGUGGGGAGAGGUUAUUUUGGCUUGUUAAAUCCCAGUUGUUCAGAAGGUGGGAGGCGCAGGGGAUCAGGCUGGGAGCUCAGCCAGGAAUAGAAGGAGAGGGAUUGUAGCUGGAGACUAGGAAGCAGAGCAACUGGGCCGUUCAAGUGUCGCAGGGCAGAGAACAGCUGGAGGCUUGUGCUGGAAGGGGGGAAGCUGCUUCCCAGCUGAGAGCUGUCGCAGGGAAGUGACCAGGAGGAGUAGGGGGCUGCGGCACCAGCCAGGCCAGGCCUCCCCUGGGAGAGGCUCGCCAUGGCCUCUGCGAAGGGGGAGCGCGCCGAGGAGCUUCCCCCCGACGGCACGUGCGAUGUCUGCGAGCCCGAUGAAGCCGAGAGCGCGGUGGGGGUGUGCGAGGAGUGCGGCUUCUCCUUCUGCCAGCCCCACGCCAAGGAGCAUGGCCAGAAGUACGCGGCCCACCACCUGCGGGGCCCUGCCUCUGGCCGCGACGAGGCGGGGGAGGGCGAGGAGGCGGGGGAAGAGGCGCCCAAGCUGGAGCGGAAGAAGUGCGAGGAGCACGGGCAGGAGCUGAGCCUGUACUGCAAGGAGCACGAGAAGAUCAUCUGCGUGCUGUGCGCCGUCACCGGCACCCACCGGCAGCACCAGCUCAUCACCCUGGAUGAAGCCUACCAGACCAUGAGGAAUAGAGAACCCGUUGACCUGAAGGUGGCCAUGCUGGAGAUGGUGGAAAGGUUAAAGUUCAAGUGUGCAGACCCUAAAGUGACUCGGAGUGAGAUGAAACUGUGUGUUCAGCAAGAGUUUGACACUGUACGGCGGCUGGUCUGUGAGGAGGAACGGAAAGCUCUCCACCUAGUGGACCUCCAGGAAGCGGUGGCCACUGCUCAUGUGACAGAGGUGCUGGCGGAAAUCAACGUCCACAUGGCAAAGCUGAUGACUGAGAUGGCAGAGAUCAGAAGGCAGCUGAACACCUUCAAUGAGUUAGCCCUGCUCAAGCCUGAGAGCAACGAUGAGGAACCCAGUGAUGUUGCUCCUGAUUUUACACUGGGAGCUAAUCCUUUCCCUCCUGCCUCUCCUUCCCGAGGGAACAGGCGAUAUGAUGACAAGGACCCAUCAUCGGCUAACGGGCCCUGCUGAGACAAGACGGGUUUGGCUGCAGUGGAGACGUUACAGAAGGAUCCUCUCCACACAGACUCCAUGUGAUGAUGAGAAUGCAGGAAGAGUGUCUUAAGUCACACAACUGAAGCACAAGCAGCAGCAACUGUUUCCUCCCUUUACUUUGCUGUGUCUAUGGAUCUCCUAGAUAAAAAUGUGAUCCUUCCCCACACCUGUCCUUUGGGAACACACUUACUGUCACGCAUAGCGACAUAUUUGCCAAUCCACCUUUUCUUAGGAGGACAAAUAUCCUGCAAAGAUAUGACGCUGGGCUUUGAAAAUGUGGAGCCAGUAAUUAAAAUGAAGAAUGCAGUACAGUAGAAAGUAGAAAUGAGAGUCUAAAAGCCACAGUGGUGUUUUUACUGAUGGGGGUUAUUGAAGACUUCAGUUUAAUAAUUCAGUGCAGCUAAGAUUAAUAAAUGGUAUGAGGUGGAAAUGGUCUUUCAAGAAGAAGGAUUGGAGUGGUAUGUUAACUGUUUAAUUUAGUGUGUUCUGAAAAAUGCUGUAUGAAACACUGUAUAAUAACUGGGCACAGUCCUAAGGUUUCUCAGCCUUGUAGUGGGGAGAAUGUGUAUCACGAAUGACGUUUAUGCCUCAUCAGUGAGGCUGUCUGAGCACAAGCUAGAGAGUCACGAAUGCCAGCUCCGACACUGGCUUCCCGUAGGGCUUCCUGCAAGUCUCUUCAUCUCUCUAUCUGUAGCAUGGCAUUGACUUUCAUUUUCCAGGACAGAGGGCUGCCACAGGGAACUCCCAUAAAGCGCUCAUCUUCAGGUUUCCCACUUGUAGCAAGUCACAGCCCCUGAGCACUUGAUAUAUUGUCAUUCCCUGCCACCCCUACUAGCCUCUUUGCUCCACCUGUCUGUAAUGUCAAUGAAUUCCAGUCCUGCUUAAUGAAAGUGCUUCAGGAAACAUAGGGUAAGAAGUUAGAUGGGGGUCUAUGCAGCUUAGAGGCCCAUUCUGCCACCACAUACUAUAGGUCAUUGGCCCAGAUCUACAAAGGGACCUAGGUGCCUAAAUACUUAUUCAUUAGGCCAGAGAGAGAAAAAUGACAGUCGCCUGGUGGAUACGGGUAUCCAACAGGGAGGUGGGAGACCCAGAGUCCAGUCCCCCUGCUCCAGUGAACUUUUAACUUACCCAAAGUGGAACAGCUUCAACAGGAGAGAUUACAGGAGCCCCUGCCCUCCCCAUUAGAAUAUCCCAUAGCUCAGUAGUUAGAGCACUCUCCCGAUAAGUGCUUGUUCCUGUUCAAAUCUUUUCUCUCCCUCAGGCCAAGGAGGAAAUCGAACCUAGCUCUCCCACAUCGCAUCUAACCAUUGGGCUAAAUGUUAUAAGGGAGCUGCAUCCCUUGGGAACAAUGAAACUGUCAUCCAGUAUGGGGAGGCUCAUGAGAAUAGUGACUAGACCCUUCUGUGAGCUCACUCCUGUGAAAGAUAAGAAUGCCUAAAAGCCAUGCCUUAUUCAGGCCUCUGAUUCAUCGAGGUACUUUUAAGCAGUGAGCGGUCCCUUGACUUCCUCCUCCUCCUCCACUGUUCUCCCAUUCCUCACUCCAAAUGUCUCCUGGCCAGUGUUAAAUUGAUUGAUUGAUUACCUUGCUACUCUAGAGAAGAUUUGGGGAAAAUCUUAUUUCCUGGCCAUGCUUCAGAUCUUUUUAUAUACUACAGCCAUACUGCUGGGGGUACAAGUGAUCUAAUGAAUUUACUGUCAGGGAUGUGGGAUGUCAUAAUAUGCAUGCACAUGUUACCCUGGCCUUCUCAAACAUGUGCCCAUAUAUUCUCCAGGUACCUCUUGCACUAUCAUACAUUUAGUUUAUGCCGCUCAGUUUGUUUAGUUUUGACUUAAAUAUAAACAAACCAAUAAAACCUCUGCUUUCUUUUUCCCA